UCUGGUGUCUUGUCAUCUCGUUGUUUUGUUGUCGUGAUCAGAAAUCUUAUCGCUAUUUCCAGGGAAUUUCGUUCAACUUUUUUGUAUUCCUCGGCCGACCUGACUUCACAAAUCUAAGCCUUAUCAGCGCGACUGUGUGCUAUCGGCAUGUGUAUAAGUUUACGGUGCAGAAUUUGAUAACACCUCGAGCGCAGGCAGCUGAGCCGUGAACAAUCAUCAUUCGUUUGUGCGUGUUCUACGUGCGAUUGAAAAUGAUUCGCCACUUGAUGGGCCGAGAGAACGGACUACGCAACAAUCGAUGGCACAAAUAAAAAAUGAACCACUGGAAAUCGAGGAACCAAUCAUUGGCAGAACGGAUUUGGCGGAAGGAAUUGUGAACGAUACAUCUGAGGUUCGUCAUUUCACACCCGCAGCAGGUCUCGAGUUGAUGAUGGAAAGUUCCACCAGUUCAUCUUGCGUCAUGACCCAAGAUUUGAACGUUGAUAACGUAACCGCUGAACAGGAGCGAAAGCAACAGGAAGAGAAGGUUGACAAUGACAAGCUAGAGACUAUGCACUCGGAAGAAGAUCCGCUGCUGCAGGAAACGAUCGAUGCGCUGAUGAAUGGAACUGGCGGAAUCGAAGUUGUGGCAGGAGCAGCGAGUGUCGGUGAUGAUAUCGAUAACGAACGUAACUAUGAGUGCAACUUUUGCGGGAAGUUGUUCACUCGAUCGAACACACUGUCCUAUCACCUUAAAGUUCACACGGAUGAAAAACCGUACAAGUGUGGCAGCUGUGACAAGGCCUUCAGAGAGCAGUAUCGCUUGACGAAGCACCAGCGGACCCAUUUAAAAGACUACACUGGAACUAUUCAACAUCCGGAUCAGGAAACGGAACAAUCGCAGGACUCUAGUUUCCAGUCCGGUGGGCGGACUGGUGAGGAUGAAGAUUACGCCACCGGUGAUAGCGAGCGAUUUUUCAAAAGUUAUGAACUGCAAGAAAGUACUGCUGUUAUGAAAUUAGAGCCAGACAUUUCGCUGACCAUAGACGGAACCUCGGGUAAUGCGCCGUCUCAAACCCCUACAGAGAGUGACGUUCGCUAUCAAAUAAUUGAGGAACGCAUAAAAUCUCUUCAACGGGAAGUACAUUUGGUUAACCAAAACCUUAACCGCGUUGAAACGAAAAUCGAUGGGCUUACCAAAAUAAUCGCAAUCUUUGUCAGCAAAUUCGAGGAAACGAAUGCACAAACGGCAUCUCAAAGCCAGCUAAACACAAUAGUCCCAUUUCCGCUGGUGACCGUCCCGGUUGAUAAUUUACCGCCGCUUCCAACGCAGCCUGUGUCCGUUUCGCUUAAUCAGCUGCCGACAAUUUCCAGCGUUCAAUCGAUUCAAAUGAUGGCCCCGCUACCGACGGCGCCUCUGGUUACUCCCGUGCACCAUCCGGUAGCUCAAAAGCCUUCGCUAGAUGCCAUCAAUGGUAGCCAAGUCGGCACCGCGCUCAUUAACUCCAACCCGGCGAGUGCCGUCCAGUCAAUCGGUGGCUGCAACGGUGUUAACGAUACAUUCCCCGAUGUUCCGGAACUUCCGAUUCGGACAGUUAAUGACUUUCUAGAUCUCAACGAUCACUGCACCGACAAUGAACAGUUUUUGUUGCAGAUGAUGUUUCGUCUUCAUCAAGAGGUGGAUAACUCUCAGCCCCACCAGCGCAAUGUUAAGAAAAUGAUGGAGGCACUUGUGACCUAUGAGGUGCUCUGCCAGUUCAGUUGGAGCGGUAAAUCCGCGAUUAAUGGACAAUACACAAAGUACGUGUUCGGUAACAGUGUAGGAAUCCUGGAUCUGCUCACUAAAACACUCAACCUGGGCAAGAGUGACGAAGAAGCAGAAGCCAACAAGAAACCCAUUUUCACCGCCAUUCAGAGCUUCAUUAAACAUUCGCGUCAAAACAUGCUUCGUGACAGCCGGAAGCGGCGGGAGUCCAACAGUCCCUAUCCACCGGCACUGAACUGCUCCAUUGAGCGGCAGGUUAAGCAGAUAAAGGCCGAAAAGCUGGACAUUGUCAAUCAAUAUUAACAGAACAAGCGGCAGCAAACUUUCUACGUUUCUACACCAUAAAUGUAAGAUCAAUCGUGUUUAUUAAUCACCAUUAAGUGACAUCAAAGUGAAGUGCUACGAGGAUAUACUUUUGCGCCGACCGAAUGUGAAAUAAAUAAUUAGAUUCUAGGCCACUAAUUUUAAUCUAAUAGCAUGAAGAAAAAACAUUGUGCAGAAAAGGCAUCCUUUGAAAUAAAGUUCAAUCGUUUAGUCUUA